AUGACUGAGAGGGGCACCGGAGGUAUAAAUACGCCGGCCGUUCCUGGACAGUGGCGAGACGUUCCCUUCAGACCUGAGACUGCGUGUGCCGUCACCGCCGAGGACAAUGGUCAGCCGCAGACUUCCUGCUCUGAGAAGUCUGGGAAGACUGACGCUGUUUUCUGUGUGGCUGGCAGGAUGGAGCACCCCGCUGGGGGGUACAAGAAGAUCUUUGAGACCUGUGAGGAGCUGGCCGAGCCCAUCCCUGCCCAGGUCACAGGUCGAAUUCCUCCAUGGCUGAGGGGAAGUCUCCUCCGUCUGGGUCCUGGGCUGUUCGAGGUGGGAAGCGAGCCCUUUUACCACCUGUUCGAUGGCCAGGCUCUCAUGCACAAGUUCGACCUCAAGAACGGACAGGUCACCUACUACCGCAAGUUCGUGCGAACAGACGCGUACGUGCGGGCGAUGACAGAGAAGCGAAUUGUGAUCACUGAGUUCGGCACCUUCGCCUUCCCAGACCCCUGCAAAAACAUCUUCUCCAGGUUUUUCUCCUACUUUAAAGGAGUGGAGGUCACUGAUAACUGCCUGGUGAAUGUGUAUCCUGUCGGAGAGGAUUUCUACGCUUGCACUGAAACCAACUACAUCACAAAGGUCAACCCCGAGACCCUGGAGACCCUGAAAAAGGUGGACCUGUGUAACUACGUGUCCAUCAAUGGGGUCACCGCCCAUCCCCACAUCGAGCAGGACGGUACCGUGUACAACAUCGGGAACUGCAUGGGCAAAGGAGCUUCCCUGGCCUACAACAUCGUCAGCAUCCCUCCCACUCAGAAAGAUAAGUCAGAUCCCAUUGAAAAGUCACGGGUGGUGGUGCAGUUCCCGAGCAGUGAGAGGUUCAAGCCCUCCUACGUGCACAGUUUCGGCAUCACGCCAAACUACUUUGUCUUCGUUGAGACUCCCGUGAAGAUCAAUCUUCUUAAGUUUCUGAGCGCCUGGAGUAUCCGGGGCUCCAACUACAUGGACUGCUUCGAGUCCAACGAGACCAUGGGCACCUGGUUCCAUCUGGCUACCAGGAACCCUGAUGAGUAUGUGGAUGUUAAAUUCAGAGCCUCUGCUAUCAACCUCUUCCAUCACAUCAACUGCUACGAGGACCAAGGUUUCGUUGUGAUCGACCUGUGCACAUGGAAGGGGUUCGAGUUUGUGUACAACUACCUGUACCUGGCGAAUCUGCGGGAGAACUGGGACGAGGUGAAGAAGGCCGCUAUGAUGGCCCCCCAGCCGGAGGUUCGGAGAUACGUCAUCCCCAUGGACGUGCACAGGGAGGAACAGGGGAAGAACCUGAUCUCCCUGCCCUACACCACCGCCACCGCCGUCAUGCGCUCUGACGGGACCGUCUGGCUGGAGCCCGAGGUGCUGUUCUCCGGCCCGCGCCAGGCAUUUGAGUUCCCCCAGAUCAACUAUAAAAGAUGCAGUGGGAAGAACUACACGUAUGCCUACGCGCUCGGCCUGAACCACUUCAUCCCCGACAGGAUCUGCAAGCUAAACGUGAGGACCAAGGAGACAUGGGUGUGGCAGGAGCCUGACUCGUACCCGAGCGAGCCACUGUUUGUGCAGAACCCUGACGGUGUGGACGAGGACGAUGGAGUCCUGCUCACCGUCGUGGUGAACCCUGGUGCUGCCCUGAGACCCGGGUACAUGCUGAUCCUCAACGCCAAGGACCUGUCCGAGAUUGCCCGCGCCGAGGUGGAGGUCAUGAUACCUGUCACCUUCCAUGGGAUGUACAAGCCCUAG